AUGUUGAUUGCAUUCUCUAGUUGCAGAAAUUUGUGUUCAAGGAUUUUCUUUCAAAACAUCAAUGAAGAAACCAUGCCUUACAAAAUCAUUGAAGGUGUAUACACCAAGGAGAAUAACAACCACAACAACUUCCCGGUGUAUCGUCAUGAAAACGGCAAUCUACUGUUUUACUAUUACAUUUCCAAGAAAGGCUUCAAAUUUUUGUUUUUUGGACUUAAUCUGGAAGACUUUGACGUCGCUGCUGAAGUUUACAGCGCCGUUGAUCCUGUGUCUUGGUUGAACCACGGGAGUUUGGAUAGAAGUGAUGUCUUUGGAGGAUUGAUAAAGAAGUGGUGGUUCUACAACACGCGCAAUAAAACCCAUUUUUACUACGUUACAGUUAAUAAUUGGUCACCCAUGAUUAAAGCUGUGUGCGUGGAUGAAGAUUUCAGAGAAUGUAACUCAGACAGACUUUACUUGAAUGUUAACUUCACCGAUAGAUGGGGGAAUGUUUUAAACGAUCACAAUCGAGAUUAUUUUUUUCGCAAGCAAGGUGUCUUCCGUAACCUUCGUCCUUUGUAUGAGCACAGUAGACAAACGUGGUACCUUCAAUACGUUGCAGACGGCUUCUGGGUGGUAACAGAAAGGUACUCACCAAGCAGUUCAAAUGAUCACGUUUUAAUGAAGACAAAAGAUUUUGCCCUGCGACCAGAGUACAUCAGCAAGACUUGGUCGGUCCAUUACAAUGGAUGGCGUUAUAUGCCUAAACUUAGAGUCUUGUGUAGAGGAGUAAAUUCCAUGUCGAAUACUUGUCUAUCAAAGCCAUGUGAUAGCAAAGCUACAUGCAUCUACACUUCCGGUAACGAAACACUUUGUCUCUGUCCUUUCGGUUACACCGGCAUGACAUGCUCUAGCAACAAGCAGUGCCCCACUCCCUACCCCUUAGCAGGAACCGAACUGAAUUUUGCAUACUUUGGAAAAAGGCCUGGUGAUCUCGGCUUUUCCUUCUGCAGUGGAUCGUAUCCUUCUGUAAGGUUUGCCUUGUGUGUGGAAAGCAAAUACAGUGUUAAUCCUUACUGGAGCAGACAAGGCAGCGCCUGCCGUAUAGGGAAUACUGGAAGCACUUCUUCUCCACGGACGCCUUGGAAUACACAAACCACCGAGAGGUCCUGGACGCCAUGGAAUCCACGAACCCCCUGGAAACCCCCAACGCCUCGAGCUCGUCGUGUUAACUUUGAUGACAACCCUAAAAUCACCCCCGUGGUCCUUACUUCUGCCGUCAUUUUGGAAUUGCUCCUGCCAUUUAUCAUCUACCUCUGCGCUAUGUCCAAGAAAAAAAGGAAAGAAGAGAGAGAAGAACAAGAAGAUCAGAAGAGGGUUCAGGAAGUUGGGGAGGAAGUAGAAAGGAGACUGCAGCAAGUUGCUAGGGCCGGAUGCCGAUUGGAACUCGACAGAGGUGUUCAGGAUUAUCAACAAACCGUCCAGGAAUAUCAACGUGAGAACCGAAACAAAGAACUGAGCCGCAAAAGAGGCUUGUUCAGAAAUGCGAGAUUAUGGCGAAUCAUUUCCAUCCACCUCUUUUUUUCGUUUUACCUAUGGAUCUUGUAUCUUGUGGGUUGUGAAAUUUCCCAGUGUACUCAAUACGGACAUGUUUUCGUCUCCUUGAAAAACUUUGGAAUUGUUAUGCUGUGCAUCUCGUCUGUGUACAUUUUCAUAGAAAGCAUCUUCUCCCACGAGCUGGAUUACUUAAGAAACAUCAUGCAGGACGAGACCGCUUGGGGCUACAUACAGAAAAUGCAUCAAGUCGCACCCAGAAUUAGUAUGAUUGUGGAGUGCUAUCACUUCGAGAUGCGCAAACGUGACGUGUACUACACGGACGCGAAUGGAAACCGGCAGUCCCGCACAGAAACUUAUACCGAGAGGGUUGUGACAUCCGAGGACCACAAUGAAUUCUCGUUUGGGUCGUGGGUUGAUGUUUCUAAAAGAAAAGUGCCAGCACUGAGUACAGUGUCUCUCACUCGAGUAAGAAUCGAUCCUUAUGUCUUAUUCGGUGAUCAGGAGACAGCAGAUGAUUACGAGAGACAAGCAACAGCCAUGAUAGAAAGGAAUCGUGGCCGAGAUACCUUUACGGAUUUCUCAGCAAGUAGAGAAAUUCCUGGGCUGAAGAAGAGGAUCUCUGCUUAUGUGGAUUUGAGGGUGAAGCCUUGGUGGAUUCGACCUCUGUUCUUUUGGCUGGCCACGCUGUUGCAGAUGACUUGGCCUUAUCGCUGGCUGUUCAGAGCUAAGACCAGUAAGAGUUUCUACGCUCUAAAGAAGAUGAUUUAUAAGAGCACCACGCCCCCACGAGAAGUAAACCUUAUGGAUCAAAUAGCAAUGCUGGUGGGUGAUCUAACUUGCAAUGACUCCAGCGUCCUGGAAAAUAACCAAAUUUCUUAUGAGAUGGUGGAGAUCCACAAUCCCGGCAUAGGUAAACUUGCCUACCAAAAUGACUUCGCACCUUAUCCACCAAGCAAUCCAGCUAUGGGGCCUUCCUGCCCACCCGCACCAGAACCAAGUGCACCCCCUGAAACAUACGUCACAGGGACCCCAUACCCUCUGCUGAAUGCACCGAAUGCUUCUGCAUCUCCUGUGUAUAUUCCAUAUCCCGCCGGGGGACCAACGUAUCCUUCCCAGCCAUUGCAAGGACCUGCCUACCCUCCUUAUUUUGUGAGACCACAGCCAGACGCACCACCGCUGGUACCACAUGAAGGUGCUGUGGGUUACACUCCUCAAGCACAGUGA